CUUGAACAUAGGGACAUAACACUAUAUCUUUUUUCAUUAGAUUUAUAUUUUAUAUGUUAUGAUAUAUUCCUUGUGGGAAGCUUAAGAAAUUCAGUGCAUAGCCUUAAAGCCAGAGACAAUUCGUUCGUUUCACUCGACAUCCACCAGUCGACUGCUAGUAUCAGUGGUCGCCUAUCAGUACUAAUGUUAUGGAUAAAAAUUCGAAUUUUGUUUUUUUAGAUAACUCAAACGAUAGAGAACAUCACGAUUUUCUUAUUUUGGCGCUUAAAACAAAAACUGACGAAGUUAUGGGCUAUCACGUUAGUUUUGAACAUUUACCUACAACUUUGGAUAUUCAGGGAAAGCGACAAGGUAUACAGGGUGUUCCAAAUUCGACCCUCACCAUUUUGAUCUCGGAAACUGUAAGAGAGCGAAGAGAAUGUGAGCAAAGUUGCGUACUUAGGCAAUCAACAAAGUGUCGCUCAGAAUGUUUCGAAAUUCAAAGUACUUUCGGAUUACAUUAAAAUGGAGUUUUCAGUCCUAAAUCCAGUGAUGUAUUUCCUUGUUGGCCAUGUUUUUGUUGUUCGAUAAAGAUUAUAAGGAAAUAAAAACGUAUGGUGAAACCUGUUCACAAAAUGAAAAUUUUAUUGAUGUGAUACCAAUAAUAAUCAUAAACAAGCAGAGGUAAAUCAUAGCAGAUGUUCAAAAUGUUGUCCGUUAUUUUGCAGGCAAAGCCUGACUCUUCUCAGUUCACCGCUCGAUUUAUUUUUCUUUUUCUCAGUCUUCCAAACUCUGUUUCUAUGUUCAAUUUGAGGUCUGGUCUGGUAUUAUACGAAGCAAAUGAAACUUGAUAUUAUCAAGGCUUACCUAGAAACUUCUAUUUUUCUGGAAUAACUAAGGUUUGGCAAUGCCAAUGAAUGACUUAUCAUAUAUUUUUGGGUCAAAAUUAAAAACUCUACUUAUCUAUACAAAAAUCCAAUAUGGCGUCCAUAACAAAAAAUAAAGUGAAUGCUGGAGGACAAGAGACGAAACGUUAUAUUGAAAUUCUAAUUUUACCACCCUGUAGAGGAGAAAACUGGGAAAGUCAACAUGCGAUUCAUUUUGGAAUCCCUUCUCAAAUAAAGUCAGGAAAAAGGUUUCUAAGUGGCUGUUUGUAGAUUACCAAAAUACGACUCAAAUGGUGAGGGACGAAUUUGAAACACGUCUAGACGUUGGCCCAAAGUUCUUUUGUGGUAUUCAUAGAUGUGUAAAAUCAUGAGAAUGGGCCAUCCGAUUUGGAUGUAAUAAGGCAAUGGAUGCGGAAGGAUCUUGAUGAUUAGCAAAUAAAGGACCUUUGAACGACGAACUUUUGUAACCUUAUUUGAAUACUCAGGUUUCUAGAUGCCUACAUGGUGGUUAUUUCGUGGUACAUGGUUCCGGACUAAAUAUGAAUUUUGAAACCAAUAAUUAUUCCAACAGGACGGUCGCUAUCCUGCCAAAAUUAACUCCCGAUUUGUGUCGGACAACCUGUGUGAGAAUUGAUGACCCACAAGGACAAGCUCCUGAUGGACUUUUCUAUGAAGUCAUUCCUAUCUUGCACACAGAGUUGCGCAUCGUCACCGAAGACUAUUUUGUCUCUAACAUUAUUGUCAUCGACCUAGAAGGAUUUGGAUUGAAGAACGUUAUUAAAUAUACGCCUACAGUUAACAACAUGCUAGUACAUCUCAUGAUUUCUAUCAACUUAAGGCUGAAAGGCCUUCAUUUUAUAAAUGCUCCGCCUAUCAUGGACAAAGUAAUGUUUCUAGUGAGGAGCUGUUUGCCCACAAAGUUUUUGGAUAAAGUUCAUGUUCAUAAAAAUGCUGACACAUUGUACAAAUUCGUUCCUAAGGAAUGUUUACCAGAAAAUUAUGGAGGACAGCUACCGUCACUGGAACAGUUGCAUGAGGAUUGGUGCAUAGCUAGUGAAAGCCAAGAAGAGUUUUUCAAAAAGUUGCAGACAGUAAAGUGUGAUAAGGACGAGUUAGCCGAGUUGAAAAUACAAAAUAACGAUUCUGGAUUCGGUGUUGACGGCUCCUUCAAAAAACUGGCUAUAGAUUAAAAAGGUUAUGAGUGUAUUUAUUGAAUUGUAAAUUAUUUUUGUGCAUAGUAAAAUAAAAAUAUUUCAAUUUUCUAUGAAUAUUCCAUGCACAUAUUACAUAAAAGUAGGUACUUAUUUUUUCACCAAGAAGAACACAAGAAUCAUUGAUUAUAAUUCUUUAUUUCAAAAAUUCACAUCACAUCCUUCAUGUGGAAUUAAUUUGCAGAUUAUUUUUACAUCAAUUUCUUCAUGUACACAAACAUGAAAGCAGAUCCAUUUGCAGAUUAUUUUCACAGCAACUUCUUCAUAUGAAAUCAAAUAUCCUUAUAAACCCAC